GAUCACUAAGCGUUGAGAUCACAGCGGAAUUCCUCCGUGAAAGAAGUCCAGCAGCUUGAAGAUGGAGGAGAAGAUCAAGAACUACAGGACGGCUCCAUUCGACUCUCACUUCCCAAACACCAACCAGACCCGCAACUGUUUCCAGAACUAUCUGGAUUUCCACAGAUGCAACAAAGCUCUGUCCUCCAAAGACCAGGACACGGCUCCCUGUGAGUGGUACCAGAGGGUCUUGAGCAGCUGCUUUCUUUUCUUUUGAAAAGUGACAUUUAUUAUUUCUCCACAGUUUAGUUAAAUGGUCAGAUAUUAAAUAUUAAUGUUAAACAUUUGUUUAAUCGUUCUGUUUCUUUGACAUUGAUGUGAAGAUAUAUUAAUUAUUCAACU